AUGGUGGCUAUAACAGUCCCCGAAACCCUAGAAGGUUAUAAUUUAAGCACUUUUGAGAUCGAAACGGAGGACUCUACUGUCUAUGGGGUGUCCAGAGGCAUCUUCCCAAGCGAUCAUCAGUAUGAGGGGCCAAUCUUGGUUUUGAUCCACGGAUACCCGCAAACGUACUUCAUGUGGCGCCAUGUGAUCAAGCUUCUUCCAAAGACGGCUCGGCUCUUUGUGCCGGACAUACCGGGUUACGGAAACAGCUCACCAUGCCUGUCUGGACACGACAAAUCCUCGGUUGGUAAGACGAUUCUUAAGGCCCUUUCCUAUCACCUCGAAUCGUCCCAAGUCCCGCAGCCGCAAGAUGUGAUACUCAUCGGGCAUGACCGUGGGGCUCGUAUCUCACAUCGACUGAGCGUCGAUGCCGCGGAAUACACGUCCUCAUUCACUAUCUUGGGCGCCGCCCUCAUGGACAUUGUUCCCACGACAGUUCAGUGGCAGGGCAUGUCGAACCCCGCUGAGACGGCGCGGACGUUCCACUGGCCGUUCUUGGCCAACGCUGAAUAUGCAACGCAAAUUAUUCUGCAGAUUGGCGGGGACCAUUUCAUCCGGCAGCUGAUCGAACAAUGGAUGGGUAACAAUGAAAGCGGACGACAGAGACUCCGUGCCGAUGAUGCAUUGGAGAUCUACCAGCGGCCCUUCCGAUGGGACAGUGUCGUGCGUUGCUCGUGCUUGGACUAUCAAGCCGGGGCAACGGUAGACGUAGCGAUGCAGAAGGCCGACCAGGAGCAGGAGCGGAAAGUCGACCUGCCCGUGCUAGUGCUGCACUGCAGUGGGAUUGGGCGCCGGUUUGAUAUGAACGUGUGGAGGGACUGGGUUGCGGAGGGAAAGGCAGAUGACCUGCUGAAGAUCGUCGAGCUGGGGAACGGAGUUGGGCAUUUCGUGGCAGAGGAGGACCCGGAGGGGACGGUGGCGGCAUUGAUGGGCUGGAUUACGGCACUGGGCGUGCAAUUCAAGUGA